AAGAGAUUGAAAUGGGAAUAUUGUGAAUUGUGUUGUUGUUUUCAUGAUGAGAAGCGCUGGAUUCUUUCGUUCUAGUUGUUCCAAGUGGUUAUUACAUAAAGUUGAUGCACCAAAUGUUACUAUCAAGCGUCAUUGGGUUACAGAAACUUCUACAGGACUAAAAAGGACGGCACUUUAUGAUUCUCACCUAAAGUAUGGGGCAAAGAUGACCGAGUUUUGUGGAUACGAAAUGCCCUUACAAUAUAACGAUGGUAUAAGAGAUAAUCACUUGUUUGUAAGAAAGUCUGCUGGUCUAUUCGAUGUAUCCCAUAUGGGUCAAGUUCGUAUUUAUGGUCGACAUAGAGUUUCCUUUUUGGAGCGCCUAGUUGUAGGAGACAUAGCUGCACUUCCACCUUAUCACGCUGUCUUGUCUUUACUAACCAAUGAACAAGGAGGAAUCAUCGAUGAUACGAUAGUUACCAAUAUGGGUGAUCAUAUUAAUAUGGUGAUCAACGCUUGUUGUCGUGACAAAGAUAUGUCCCAUUUACAACAUUAUGCAGAACAGGCACGAAGUAAAGGUGAAGAAGUGAUCGUCGAACUACAAGAACAAAGAGGAUUAGUAGCAUUACAAGGUCCCAAUGCUAUGAAAGUGUUAUCGAAACAUGUUACUGAAGACUUGAGUAUGUUGUAUUUUAUGAAUGCCCGAAUGAUGUGGGUAGAUGGUGUGGAGUGUUUGGUGAGUCGUUGUGGUUACACUGGGGAAGAUGGAUUUGAGAUAUCGGUUCCUAAUGAUUCCAUUCAAAGAAUAUUUGAUGGAUUAUGUGAUUCUUCUAUGGUUAGGCCAAGUGGAUUGGGAGCUAGGGAUAGUUUGAGAUUAGAAGCUGGUUUAUGUUUGUAUGGAAAUGAUAUGGAUGAUCGCACUACUCCAGUAGAAGCUUCUCUUAGUUGGACGAUUGCAAAGAGUCGUCGCGAAAGUGGAGGAUUCUUGGGAGAUAAAGUUAUAUUGAAGCAGUUGAAAGAAGGAGUCGAACGCCGUAGAGUGGGAUUCCUAUUACAAGGAGCUCCUGCUCGAGGUCAUGAAAGUAUCUUGGUGGAUAAUCAAGUUAUUGGACAAGUCACAAGUGGUGUCUUUAGUCCAUGUUUGGGUAAACCUAUUGGAAUGGGUUAUGUGGAAAAGAAAUGGGCAAAGUCAGGAACGUGCAUUCAAAUAGAAAUAAGACAAAAACAAGUUUCAGGUGAACUUGUCAAAAUGCCAUUUGUUCCCAAUCAUUACUAUAAAGGAAAUUAAAAGUACUCUCUUCAUGAUGUCCACGAAACCUAAAGUACUUGCUUUAUAUCGACAUAUGUUGAGAUGUAUCAAAACUUUACCUCCGGAAGUACAGCCUUACUAUAAGUAUUAUGUGAGACAGGUAUGUGACUAUGGCUUUUCACUAGAAAAAGUCACUCACUUAUGAUGGUUGCGGAGUACACAGCAGUUCAAUAGCCACGCAGAUGAGAUAGAGGAAGAAAGAGUGGAAGAAAUAGUAUCCAAGUCACGUUCUUAUAUUCCAUAUAUAUUAAACAAAGUAAGUUGUUU